CCUGUAAAACAGCUGUAGAGUUCUGCUCACCACACACCUCCAACACUCGCUCCUGAGGAACACAUGUCUCUUGUGAACUGAGUGGCGGGAGCUGUUGAGUUUCAGUGGGACUCCUGACAGCAUCCAGUUUGUGUGUGUGAGUGUGUCAUGAGUGUGUGGCCCCUGCUGCUGGUCUCUGUGCCGCUGUGUAUCUUCACACAGGCGCUGGAGAGGAUCGAGCUCCGCGAGGAUCAUGUGCUCACCUGUGGACAGGGUAUCAUUCACUGUGGAGUAAAAGCAGGUGGCCCUUGUAUUCUGGAGGACGAGCAUGUCUUGGUGAGCAGUCUAGACGCCUACGUUGUGCAGUGCCAGAAGCAGCAGGCCUGGAGCUUGUGCCUGAAAGUCCUGGUGAACGUCACAGUCACAGGUGCAGAUCAGCCUGUGACAAGUGAUGGCAGUGGUGAAGAAGGGACGGAGGACAUGCAUCACGUCGAUGUUAGUGUGUGUUACACGUACUCUUCACAUAGCCACUCCAGUGUGCUCCGCUUCACAGUCCGCUCUACAGCGUUUGAUGACAGCACUGCACUGCAGGUCUGGAUGUCUUUUGUGGUGAACAUAUCGAAGAAAGAACUCGGCAGUUUCGUCCUAGUCCAUUCUUCAUUCUCAAACUCCACUAAACGUGUCGUUCUCCCUUCAGAAGAGGAAGCGUGUUCCAAGGGUCUGGAUGCCAUCUUCUGUAAAGCAGCUCCCACACUGCUCAGGAAAACUGAUAUGGUGAGCGGAGCAGUGAUACUGUAUGUGACCAGCGCAGACCAAGAGAGGUUUCGGGAGUUCAGGGUGUGCCAGAAGCUGGACAGGAAGGGACACUGUGAUAACGUGGAAUGGAAAAAUGCCAGCCAUGAGUUUAAGAUUCCACUUGGCUCUGUCGCCCCCUGUCUGUGCUUUGAGAUUUGGGGACAGUUUCUCCGAGGAGAGUAUUGCCCAUUUCUGAAUGAACCAGCUGUGUCAGGCUCCAGCGUGUCCGUGUCUCUGGCAGAGAAUAAGACUCGUCUCCAGCAGCCGGCUCUGGUGUGGAGUCUCAGCGCCCCCUGCAGGCUGGAGGCUCAGCUGUGGUUGUGCAGGAAGGGCUCAGGACUGGACAGCAGCUGUCAGGCGGUCAGCAGCAUAUCUCCGGUCCUCACCCGGCUGAACGACAGCUGGAAGCAGACCGACCACACACACUGGAAGUUAGAAGGAGAAUUUCUACAAGUGGAUCGUCAUCCUUCACUGUGUCUGCAGGUUAAUGUGGCAGGAAUGGAUGGUUACCUGGGACCAGUGUGUCCUUUUGAAGUGUCGAGGGCUCGCUGGAGCGUGCCGCUGGUGCUGUGUGCGCUGCUCGUGGGUCUGUCUGUGCUGGCAGCCUACGCCGUGCAGGGGACACUGAAGAGCUGUGUGUUCAGAUGGCUGAAGGUGGACGAUGUGACGCCUGCUGCGGGGGGUGUGGAGGUGCUGCUGGUGUGUCCUCCCGAUGCUGACCGAGCCGUCGCUGACCUGGUGUGCCGUCUGUGCUCCAGUCUCUCCGCCGUGGGCUUCAGCGUGUCUCUGGACCUGUGGAGCCGCUCAGAGAUCAGCGCUCUGGGGCCCGUGCCCUGGCUGCACUCCUGUCUGGACCGGGUUCAGCGGCGCGGGGGCAAGGCGGUGCUGGUCCUGACCCAGGCGGCCUGUGAGCGGGCCGAGGAAUGGGGCUGUCGAGUCGCCCAGCAGAGACCAGAAGAAGAAAGACAGACGUGGGUAGACAGGGGUGUCCAGUCACCGACGUGCUCCGAGGUCUUCGACGCAUCGCUGAGCUGCAUUCUGGCCGACUAUCUGCUGGGUCGAGCUGGACAGCGCUUCAUGCUGGUCCACUUUGAUGGACAGAGCCCUGCGACGGCGCUGCCGGAGUUCUUCAGGGAGCUGCUUCUGUUCAGCCUGCCGUCUCAGAGUCUGGACUUCAUAAUGGAGCUGAGGCGAGGGGCUGGCGAGGGACACAGGGUGUCAGAGCGCUGGGGGCGAGCGCUGGCGUCCAGAGCAGUGUCCCGCUCGCUCCGAGGGCUCCCUCAGGUCUCUGUAGAGCCUGGGGCAGACGAAACUGUCCCGCUACACACAGACCAGACGAGCCCUGCUCUCCACACCAAAACAAGCUCUGAAGGAUGGGUCUAAACAUCAGGUCAGGUGGUGUAACAACAUCAGGUCAGGAACCACAAUAAACUGAUAACAAACACCACUCCAGUCCAUCAGUGAACAUCUGGAGAAGACAAAAGCUGAAACACAUCCAGCAUUAAGAGUCCAUGAUCCAUAAUAACACAUCCUCCAGUGAAGAAGUGCAUCUCCUGUCGUCUCUCACAUCAGAAUCCAGACACAGAUUUGUUCAGAUCUGUUUAAUCGCUGCUUGAUCUGUGCAGAUUUCUCUCCUGAUUCAGACCAGAACACUUUUUUCACUGGAGGAAGUGUUAUCAUGGAUUAUAGACUCUAUGUGUUUGAGUUAAAAUCAUCUUAAUGCUGG